UAAAUAUUGCGUUCACGAACCCAACCUUCCAGUCUGCAGCGAUUGAAACUUGAUUACUUACACUUGUCGCUAUUUUGUCAACGUACGACUUGACCCAUUUGUUGGUCGGCGGCUAAAACAUUUGUAUUUACUCCUUCCCUAUUUUUUCUCUUCAUUUCGCCUUACCUGCUGAGUUAAAAUGUCGAAGAAGGAUAUUUACUACUCUGACAAAUACAACGACGACGCCUUCGAGUACAGGCAUGUGAUGUUACCGAAGCAGCUGUCCAAACUGGUGCCCUCUUCGCACCUCAUGUCCGAAGAGGAGUGGCGGGGCCUCGGCGUGCAGCAGAGCCAAGGAUGGAUACAUUACAUGAUCCACAAACCAGAGCCUCACAUCCUACUGUUCCGAAGACCGCUCUCCAAGCACUGAUGCGUUACAUCGCUUAUCUGCCAUUUUGUGUUUUCUCUACAUUUGUAGUUCAAUGUCCACUUUGAUUCCAUCGUAUUUAUACAAAGAGAACAAACCCCGGCCUGGUUCAAUUGUCCUCUUUCAAAUUUCAUCCCUUUGAAGUGAAAAGACCCGAUUAGCCAAAUGAAGCCUAGGUUGUAUGUUUGAAUACACUUUUUUUUUUUUACUGAUGGUUUAUAUACCACGUUGUGGUACUUUUUUAUGCUUUAUUUGUUAAGUACUUUCAUUGUAUUCCAGAUUGUAAAUAUUUUCUCGUUAUUGUUCACCAUCCCCCAAAUGUUUGCAAUUUGUUGUUGAAGAAAUUAAAAUGUUAUGAAUGAAAA